AUGCCUCAACUGCCUGCGAUACUGAUUUUGGUAUGGAGUACCAUACCGGUGGCUCUCGGUUGUGUUGCGACAUCACCUGGUGCAAAUCCAACAACUCUUAGCCCAGUAAGAACUACCACCCCAAGAACAGUGAGAACCACUUCUUCUGCUACUACUACAGCACGAACCACUACCACGACAGUAGCACCUGUUACGCCGCUUGCCUGCCAAACUUGUACGGUAGAUCAAGUAUCGUUCGAUGCCGCAAAUGGUGAUCCUGGAUCAAUCGAUGCUGAUUUCCGAGCGGAAGCUAAUGAUCCGCAGACAGACUGCCUACGAUUGACAGCGAUUUGUAGCGCUCAACCAGGUUUCGUAGCUUUCAUGGAGUUCAACAUCAAUCAAGGUGGUCCCUUGGAAAAUCAGGAUUUCGUACAAACUGUCGAAGCUUUGUUGGAAUGUGUCGAUGGCCAAUGGUUUUACCGAACUACCGACGUUCAAGAAGUGAACUCCGUUCAGUGCACUGAAUUCGAUGCUGCUGGCUGA